UAUAGUUUCACUCACCCCUUUUCCGUUUUGGUGUUUCUGGCGCUGGACAACGCAGUUCCCGAAAACAGUGACUUUUCCUGUGUGGAGCAACAAUACAGACCACAAUGAGGCUGAUGUAUUGCUGCAGUGUUUUGCUGCUGCUCGUCCUCAUUCCCAGAGCCUGCCAAGGUGGCAACAUCCUGGUCUUCCCCGCUGAGGGCAGCCACUGGGUAAACAUGGAUAUUCUACUUCAAGCUUUGCACUCGAAAGGACACAAUAUAACUAUUGUUCGUUCCAGCAAAUCCUGGUACAUCAAGGAGAAAUCCUCCUAUUACAAUACCUAUACAGUUCAAGUGGAGAGGAGCAUAGAUCAGAAGAUUAUUAAAGAAAUCAUGUCGAAGUCCAUCGAAAUUGAAAGGGGGGCCAUUCCCUUGACUAGUUUUCUCAACAUGGCCGUAGGAAUGAUGGGCGUAUUUAUCGAUGCUCACGCAGUCGUGGGUGAAUUUGUAUCAGCAAUGCUAGAUGACCAAGAGUUGAUGAGAAACAUGAAGGACAGCAAGUUUGACAUGGUACUCACCGACCCCUGCUGGGGCGGUGGAGUCAUUUUGGCCAAUUAUUUGUACCUUCCUUUGGUUUAUAAUGUUCGGUGGCUAAUAGCUGAAGAGGCUCAUCUUGCUAUUGCUCCUUCACCUGUGUCAUAUAUUCCUAUAACAGGAUCUGGACACACUGAUAAGAUGUCCUUUUUUCAGAGAGUUAAAAACGUCAUUUUGCAUCUAAUGACCCAAGCUCAAAAUCGGCUGGUGAUCAAGGUAGUAUACCAGAAAAUAUGUGACAAAUAUCUUGGGCCCGAUAAUGACUUUAACCAGUUAAUGCUUGAUGCAGACAUUUGGCUGAUGAGAGUAGACUUUGUGUUUGAGUUCCCUCGGCCCACUAUGCCUAAUGUUGUUUAUAUGGGAGGGUUCCAGUGUAAACCUGCGAAACCUCUUCCUGAACACCUGGAGGAGUUUGUGCAGAGUUCUGGAGAACACGGGUUUAUCAUGAUGUCUCUGGGGGCUUUUGUGAGUGAACUUCCUGCCGACCUAGCUGAUGAGAUCGCUGCAUCUUUUGCAAAACUACCCCAGAAAGUCAUCUGGAGAUAUAAAGGUGACAGACCAGCCACUCUGGGCAACAACACUUUAAUAGUAGACUGGAUGCCACAGAAUGACCUCCAAGGACAUCCAAAGAUGAAACUGUUUGUGGCUCAUGGAGGAACAAACGGCGUCCAAGAAGCGAUCUACCACGGAGUCCCAGUUGUGGGUCUGCCCUUGUUUUUCGACCAAUACGACAACCUGCUGCGUCGGAAAGAGAGAGGAGCGGCCAAGAUUCUCACCUUAGCUGCAGUGGACAAAGACAACAACUUCCUGAAGGCCAUACAGGAAGUCCUGAAUGAGCCCUCCUACAGGACGAACAUGCAGAGACUCUCCAGGCUGCACAGAGAUCAGCCAAUGAAGCCGCUGGAUACCGCCCUCUUCUGGAUAGACUUUGUUAUCAGACACAAAGGUGCAGCUCACCUGAAAGCUAAGGCCUACAGACUGCCCUGGUAUACCUACCACUCUGUUGAUGUGUUUUUGUUCCUGGCUGGAGCUGUGCUGCUCAUGCUUUUAACUAUUUUCAUUUCCAUCAGGUGUUUAUACACUAUAAUGUGUAAACGUAAAGUCAAACGGGACUAAUCAUUCAACGUCGUGUCAAGAGGGUAACACGCAAAUUGCAUAACUCUCACGAAGAUGGUUAAGGUUAGGCAUUGACUUUGAAUGGUUAAGGUUAGGCAUUGACUUUGAAUGGUUAAGGUUAGGCAUUGACUUUGAAUGGUUAA